AUGGCAAUUGCAAAGGGGGUUGAUAUGGACAGCAGCAAGGCGAAGGAGAACCAUGACACAAACUUGCAGGAAGACUUGAUAAAGACUGCCUCACUAAAAGAGGCAGAGCUUCACGCCGAGUUGCUGGACCUCCGAAGGACGCUGGAGAGUCUCACAGCUGUCAUUGCUGCGAUGGCCCUGAAAGACCAUGCUGUCCUCAAGCAGCAGGAAACAAAGCAAGGUGCUGAGCUGAAAAGUGCCGAUCUGCGAUUGGACCACUUGGGCACAGAAAUUGCAGCACUGAAGCACCAGCUGUCGGAAGUAAUGCAGUUGCCAAAACCCCACUCACAGGCUGCAGCAACUGAGCAAGCAUUGAUAGCGCGCAAACCCAUCCCAGGGUACAGGUGCAUUUCCUGCAAUCAUCCAGUGGCAGAUCUGGAGGCCUUGCCCAGGAUUGCGCUUCCAUCCAAUAUAAUGAAGAGCGCAGGGCAGUGCCGCGGCGUCAACACCUGCAAAGAGAAAUAUGUGGCAGAGAAACAGCGAAAUGCAGUGACUGGGGACAGGUCGCCUGGCUACUCUCCCAAAAAGGCGCUUGCAGGCCACAAGGAGAUGGUGCGCUUCCUGGUGGAGGGCGGCCAUCUGCCAGUGGAUGUGCGUGCGACAGUGACAAAUGCAACACCCCUAAUGGUGGCAGUCACAAGGAUCUGCGUCACACCAGGCGGCCUGUCAGGACCGCCACUGCAUGCAUGCGGCAAUCCAAUCAUGCAAGACAACGUCUGUGAGAGCUCGUGCGAGAAAAUGCUGCCCAUAGCAUACCUGCUGCUUGAGCUGGGCGCUGACCCAAGCGUGGUCGACAGUUUAGGGGCGUGCCUGCUCGCCACGGCUGCCGAGGCAGGCAUGUAUGGCAUGUGGGAUUACCUAGUCGAGAUAGUGCAAAUUGCCGACCGCUGCCCCGUCUAUGCAGGUCACCUCCUCUAUGGCGCAGCGUCAAACUGUGUCAGGACGGGGGAUCCUCGAGAAUUGCAGCAGGUGUUGGAAUACCUGAAGAAGCGCUAUGCCGGCCGCGAGAAGCAGUUUCAAGAGGAAAUUGCAGCACCCAUCAAGCGGCGGCGUUCUGAAGCUGUGGACAACAGAUUGAGAGUCAUGCCUGGUGAUGGCUUCAUGCAGACGCACGCACUUUGCAGCUUUUCACCAGAGCUCUGCGGGCGCUUUGACUUCUGCGCACUGGGCAAGCCAGUGUCCCCAAUCGUGCUGCUGGCUGCGGGUGGGGUCCCAGGGAAUCUGAAAAAGCUUCUCUUGGCCCUGCGUGAACGCCAUGAAAAUGGCCGAUCCAACACAGAUAUCUCCAGCUUGAUCAACACUCCGGACCCCUUCGGCCGGCUGCCUCUCAUAGAAGCCAUUGCCAGGAACCGAGUGGACGAAACAAACAGCCUCCUUGAGUUUGGUGCAGACAUCGGGCUGAUGGAUGGCAUGGGCAGGAGCGCGAUGCAUGAGCUGGCCAGGCAUUGCAAAGAUGAUGCCCCAUCGCUGGCAGAAGUCUGCUUCAAAUAUCUGGCGCAGUUGGAACCCAGCCGUCGCUUGGAAGUCCUGAAACGCACAGCAUUUGACUCUAUCAACAAGUACACACCUCCGCUGCGCACAUUGGGCCAGAUGAUCAAUGCGCAUGGCACCUGGCCUCUGGUGCCGCGAAUGGUGGAGCUAGACCUGGAUGUGCAUGGAGGGAUGGAUGUGCACCAUGUACCGUAUCCAGUCAACCGCUGCUGCAUGAAUGCCAUCACAGCCGCUGUCGACUACCCUCGUCUGCAGGAGGGGCCAGGCCUCAGCCCUGGCAAGAAAUCUCACGUUCCAGAGGAGGGUCAGCUGGAGUGUGUGCUGAUUCUGCUGCGCGCAAAGGCUGCCAUCACAGAAACCCAGCUGCACAAACUCUUGUGCUUGAUCUACAACGCUCAGUCCUCAAAGGUGGCGGCACAGCAGCUGUGGACACUCCUGCACAGGAGAGCGGCGGUCUGCGCAGGAUGCCGCAUGUGUGGGCUGUGGCGCUCAUGCGCGCACUGCAAGGCAGUCUUCUAUUGCAGCCGCAUCUGCCAGACCAAGCACUGGCCCCAGCACAGGAGCAGCUGCGACCAGCUCGCGCAGGAAAUGCAUGCGGAUGCUGACAGGACCGCUGUGCUCUAA